UAUGGAAUAAGUGGUAUAGAAAAUGACUGAAGCAUGGUCAGACAAGUGGCAAUGCUUGGUGUACAUAUAUUUUUAAGUUUACUUUAGCUGAAUUUUUAUUGAAUUAAAGUUUAUAGGGCAACUCCUGCUGUGUACCUAUCGACCUGUGGAUGUAUUUAAAGGUAACGCCUCAAAACUACUUCCUUUUGUGACAUCACUGAAAAAUGUAAAGAAAUCAGCCAAUAAAUCAGAAGGAAAACUGGACCUCCAUCCGUUUGGUUCAUCCUAUAGUCCAGUUUAAAGAUGCCUAAAUGUUCAGUGUUCAUCUCUUCAAACAAUAAUAUGGAGGUAUUAACAUCACAGGAAUGUUCAGCCAUCACAGCGUUCAGGAAGGAGAUGGGUUCUGUGUCCUGGAGAUGGACAAGUUCUGAUGUAAAAUGUUGUUCUGAGGUUGAUUUUGACAGCUAAAGACCUUGUGAAGAUGUUCCUGAAGCUGGUAAGAGUCCACAGUAAAACCAGUCCUGUUCCAACAUGGAACUCCGAGAGGAAGAGGCCAUCGCUCUAGAAGCAAUGUAAAAAAAAAAAGAAAGGGUUAGACAAUGAACUCAGGGACAAAGAGCUUUAUGGUUGGAGACAUGACCUAUGGUGUGAGGAGACUAAAACUGAACUGUUUAGACACGGUGUCCAUCGUUACAUUCUCAAACCUGAGAACACCAAAUGUGAAGUACGGUGGUGGCAGCAUCAUGGUGUGGGGGUGCUUUGUUGUUGAGUCUUUGGUUAAUUUAACAAAAUAGUAGACAUACGGAAAGAAAAUUAUUGAAGCAACAUCUCAGAACAUCAGGUUGAAACUGUGCCUCAGCUUAACCAGAUUAGUUGAAAGUGGCUGAAGGACAACAAAGUCAACAUUUUGGUGUCCAUCACAAACGUGUCAUGCUGAGUAUUUAAAAUUAUAUUCUAAACCCUCUGAGUUGCUCCUCGGUGCUAAAUAUGAUGUAAUGGAGUCUUUUUGGCAGCUUCACAAAGACGUUUUCCAUUUGAAAACCUGAACUUCUUUCAGCCUCCAGAAAAAUCAGACUAUAUGUGCAAUUUUGAGGUGUGUGUGCUUCUCUGCAGGUCAGGGCAACAUUCCACAGAGAGCCCAUGUUCUGAUCUCUAUCAGCACCAGGCCCCAACAUGACAUGCCAUUCAUUCAUUCAUUCAUUCAUUCAGUUAUUUAGAAGUGUGUGGAUUGUUUGCAGCUUCUAGAUGAGAAGCUUUCUGUUGCAGCCAGAGCAGCAGCAGUGAUGCCAGCAGUGUUAUGUGUUGAAGAACUUGUAGUGCUGUGAGUCCAGCAUGGCUCUGAUGAGGGAACGUCAUGAUCUCCAUGUAGAAGAUUAGAGCAUGCUCAGAAGAGUUGAAGAACUCGGAGAGCAUCUGCACUCAGACUGGUUUUAUUGUUGUGGUUCAGUUUGUAGGUUUAUGUAAAGGAGACCUUUCAGGAUUUGUUUAAAUGAUAAUUAUUUUUAAAAGAUUUUACAUGAGGACACUUUUUAUUUCUGCCUCUGACUCUGUGAUAAAAGAGGAUUUUCCAGGUAUUUCUGUGUGUUUGGUUGAAAGUAGUAAAAUGUGUGUGUCAGCACAUUUCUUGUCCAGUUUCACUUCCUCGUCUCGCCGUUCUGUGAAUGUUGUACUCGGUAUCCGACGGGGAAAACUGGUGUGGGUCAGGAUGCAGAUGAAGCAGCUUGUUUCCAUCUUCAGUUUUCUCCUCAUCGUCGGCAUCAGGUGGGACCUCUGUGCUGCAGCUGCUGAUUAAAGGAGGGAAGGUUUUCACAGGAACUUGAUCCUAAUAAAUGUUUUCAUUUUGAUUCAAGAUCCUUAACUACAUGUUCCUGCAUUAAAGAACAUAUUACUGUAUAAAAUAGCUGAAGAUCUACAGAGCUGCUCAGGAGGCCAAAGUUAUUCCGUCCAGAGUAACUCCAUGACCUUCAUGCAUUUAGAAUACGUUUGAUCAUGAGUAUAGUGGAGUAUCAUCUGCAUAGCAGCAGAGCCUCCCUGAUUAUCCCACCAGCUCUCAUUAUGAAGCUCUGAUGGAAGCUGAACUUCAGUCAGGAACUCUUGUGGACUGAUUGUCCUAAUAUGUGGAGACAGGUGGACCUAAAAGCUGCAGAAAGAGGCAGGAAGCAGCAGGUGAAGAUCAAGACAACUUUACUGGGAGAAUCUGGAACACAGAGAGCUGCUGAUGGAGAUCCUCCACCAAAGAUAAAGACAUGAAUCCUGAAGGACGGACAGGAACAGCAGCAGGAAUGUUAGAAGACAGCAGGAUCUAUGGAUCAACAAAGGAAAACAGGCUGAAUGUUGAACUGAUGACAAGAUGAACAGGUGAGGACUUUCUCAUUCUGACAUCAGUCUCAGGUUUAGUAAAGAUGUUCCUGCAGCUCUGCAGAUAUUUGAGUUUCAUGUAAAAUGAAGAGAAAUAUUCAGUCAGAGACACAUUCCUGCAGCUUUAAUCAGGAUGGAAAUCCCUGUUGAUUUUGUGGAAGGCUUUUAGCAGGAACUUUGACUUUUCUCCGUAGAGCAGAAAAUAUCCAGAGUGAAAGAGAAAGCAGAAGAAGAAGAAGAAGAAGCAGAGGAAGGAAACCUGCUGCUUUCUGAGAACACAACUAUUCAUGAAUGUGACGGAGAGGAGAUGUCAGCUGGAUAUAAACAGAGCAGAUCAGAUCGGUCCUGCACAGACUUCCAGACCUCCAUCCAGACAGCAGAACAUCCAUCCAGAACCAUGAAGAUCCUGCUGACUCUCUGCCUCCUGAUCUUCCUCUGCUUCCUGUGUUCCAGCUCUGCAGCUCCACUUGGUCCAGGGCUGGUGCCCAUGGGUUUCUGCUGCUCACACAACACCAAUAUGACGAUUCCUAAAGUGAAGGUGAAGAACCUGGAGAUGUCUUCUGGGCACUGCAAACUCAGAUCUGUCAUAGUCAUCACAGAGAGGAAGAAGUUCUGCCUAGAUCCCAACGGGAGCUGGACCCAGGAACUACAGAGAGAGUUUGAGAAAGAGGCCUCCACUGACCUGUGAAUCUGGGUCAGAACCAAGUUUGGUUGCGCAGAAAGAACCGUUUUGAUGUGAGCUGUUUCUAGUGACACACUGGACGUGUCACUUAGUGACUGAUUCACAACUUGAACUCAUAAUUUAUGAUUUUACAGAAACUUUGGGUUGUUUUUCUCCUUGUUUCAGUUUGUCAGCUAGAAAACAUGUUGCUAUGAAGGUUCUCUCUGAGAUCAGAAGUGGAGCUCAUGUUCAGUUCUGGUUUCAUGCAGUUUACACAAUUAAGUUACUCCUUUCACAAUAAAAGCUCUAUUUUUGUA